UGUCAGUAAGAGUUCCUUUAUCAUGGACCAUCAUGUUGCAAAUCACUGGGCUCACCAGAUUCACGAGCGCACUGGGUUUGCUCGUGGGGAUUUGCCCAUCCCUUACCUUGGGGCCCCCUUAUACAAGGGCCACCUCUCCCAUGAGCUUUUCAUUGAUGUCCGCCAGAGGAUGAUUGACCGGAUAUCUGGCUGGUCUCAUAGACACCUAUCCUUCGGAGGCCGACUUGCUCUGAUAAAAUGCACUCUUUGUACCCUCCCUCUUCACCUUCUCGCGGUGCUUGACCCUCAUCAGUCUACGAUUCAUGAGUUAGACCAGAUCUUAGCCCGCUACUUUUGGAAAUAUAGCGAGGGCUCGCGAGGUCGACGGCAGACCCACUGGGUGAAGUGGGACUCCAUCUGCCGCCCCCACUCUGAGGAAUUCAGAUUUGUCUUCUGGGCGUUCGGCCCUGCCAUUCAAACCUUCCAUCUUUGCCCGCCGAUUAUUAACAUCGACGGCACGCACCUGCGAG